AUGGGGUUCUUCGCCGGCUUUUGUAGCGGGUUUGCCCUUACUAGCUCUGUCCUUUUCAUCACUAUCCAAGUCCACCGUACCAACCGGUUAGAACAACGACGGGCUAUCCGCGAACAAGUCGAUCAGGUAAACUGGCUCGCCGCAUCCGCUGGCGCAUACGACCGUCGCUUUGCUCCACAAGAUAUUCCACGAACAUUGGAGGACCGCCUUAAAAGAAAAGAAGAUCGGAUUACUACGAAGGAGGUUUUGAAGCAUCGGUGGAACCAAGAAGUCGAGAAGAUCUCUCGGAAAGCGCAUGAGACUCGGUGGGAGGAUAUACGAGACACAGCAGUCGGUGGAUGGAAGUCUGCCACAAACCUUUUCAAGAAGGAGUGA